AUGAGGAACACCAUUACCUUAUUCGUCUCACUCCUGGUGUGCGCAUCACUCACAACAAUCGACGCCUCUCAGGAGGAUCAGCUCAUGAGGUUUAUCGAGUCCAAGGUUAAGAAGAGGCAAACUGUCAGGGCCACUAGCGCGAGCGGGCCUGAGGAAAACGACCCAUGGGCCGACCCCAGCAGCUUCAGCCACCUGCAAACGAAAUGCCCCAUCCCACCGGCGGGCACCAAGGCGGCCGACAAGAUCACGGCGCUGCCCGGCCAGCCACCGCGCAUCAACUUUGGCCAGUACUCCGGCUACAUCACGGUGAGUGAGGAGCACUUCCGAGAGCUCUUCUACUACUUCGUCGAAGCUCCCUACGAGGCGGCCUCCAAGCCGCUCAUCCUUUGGCUCAAUGGUGGACCAGGAUGCUCGUCGCUGGGCUACGGCGCUAUGACGGAGCUCGGCCCGUUCCGAGUGAACUCCGACGGCAAGACCCUUAGCAGAAAUAAGCACGCCUGGAAUAACUUGGCUAACGUGAUCUUCCUGGAGUCACCGGCCGGUGUCGGGUUCUCCUACGCGAGCAACGAUAAGAACAACAAUGACAACGUGGGCGACAGGAGGACGGCCGAGGACGCAUUCGUGUUCCUGCUCAACUGGCUCGAGAGGUUCCCCGAGUACAAGGGCCGUGACUUCUACAUCGCCGGCGAGAGCUAUGGCGGCCACUACGUCCCUCAGCUCGCCACCGUCAUCAAAUUCAUGAACGAGCUCCACGGCACCACCUUCAUAAACCUCCGCGGCAUUUUCGUUGGCAACCCGUACCUCGACGAUUACAAGAACGAGAAGGGGAACCUGGAGUUUCUGUGGACCCAUGGGUUGAUCUCCGACGAGGCGUGGGCCGGCAUCCUUACCAACUGCACCUUUAGCCCGUCCGACGACUGGCAGUGCUUCGUGGCGGCGAACAAUCCACGGCUUGGUGACUACGACCACUACAACAUAUAUGCCCCGCUCUGCCUCCAGGAUCCCCUCACCAGCACGUUCUACUCCAGCAGCUACCUCGCCGGCUACGACCCGUGCGCCCCCCACUACGUCAAGGCUUACCUGAACAAUCUCAAGGUGCAACAAGCUAUGCACACCAGGGCCAACACGAGUUGGUCAAGUUGCAGCGGUGACAUGGAUUCCGUAUGCUCAAUCACCGCGACAAGGCUCUCCGUCAAGGAUCUUAAUCUAACCAUCACCAAACCAUGGCGCCCCUGGUACACCCCGGAGAGCGAGGUUGGAGGCUAUGUCCAGCAGUACAAGGGAGGCUUCACGUUUGCGUCGGUGAGGGGAGCCGGCCACACUGUCCCCACCUUCCAGCCCAAGAGAGCACUUGUUCUUCUCUACUCUUUCCUCAAGGGCAUGCUCCCACCUGAUGACGCCCCAAACUAA